GCCUCGCGCCGCGGUUGACCCGCGAUAAGCGCAUUAAAAAAACCUACUCGGUAUCGCGCGGGAAAAUAGUGACAGUUCGAUUUUUUAAUUCCAUAGUCAACGUCAGAUAUUAUUUGUAAAAUCUCGGACAUUGUGACAGAGAUUUUUUAAUUUAAUUAAAUAGUCAAAGUCAGUUUUUUUUUUGUAAAAUCUCGGUGUUGCGCGGGACUUUUUGACAGUUUGAUUUUUUAAUUCUUUAGUCAAAGUCAAAGGCAGUGAUGAAGGGCCAAUGUAAAAGAUUUGUUAGCCAUAAGGGCAAGGCGUAUGAUGUUCGGCCAACCAAAGAGGAUGAUGACAAUAUAGGAUUUUUUGAUUUGUGGCGCUACGCAACACUCCUAGAGCGUAUCGUCUCGCUCUGCGCAGCUUCGCUCGGAGCGCUCAGUUCGCUCGGCACGCUCGCAGCAGUGGUGGCAUACGGCGAGCUGACUGCGCUCUUCGUAAAACGACAUACGGCUGCGCGGGCGGCGCCUGACGCGUAUCUGUUGAGAGCGUUCGGUGGGGGACGGAUUGUCCCCGAUGGUAACAGAACUCUACACAUGGACGCGCUAGAAGAGGACAGCAUAGCGUUCGCGUUAGCGAGCGUCACUAUCAUUGCACUGCAUCUUACUGCUGCUGCUGCAGCCGUCGCGCUUGCGCAGUGGGCCGCUGCUAGAAUGGUGACACGGAUGCGGCUGCAACUGCUGCGCUCAGUUAUCAGUCAAGAGAUUGCGUUCUUCGACACAAACACUACCAUGAACUUCGCUACUACACUCACUGAAGACAUGGAAAAGUUCAGCGGCGGUGUAGGCGAGCACGUAGCCAUGACAGCAAACCUACUCGGCACUGUGGUUCUGGGCGCUGCGCUAGCACUCGCGUACGGCUGGGAGCUAACGCUGGCUGGCCUCUCUGUGGUGCCGCUGUCUCUGGCCAUAGCUGCUGUUGUCGCUAAGUAUCAAACAAAAUGCUCGAGUAAGGAGGUGACGGCGUACGGCACGGCUGGGAGGAUCGUGGAGGAAGCACUCGCAGCUAUACGUACUGUGAGGGCGUAUGGUGCUGAGGAACAAGAGGUUGAGAGAUACACAUCCUCCCUCUCCUCUGCUGCCCACUUCGCGCGUCUCCGCGGCAUAUGGUCAGGCGCUGGUGCAGGCGCCGGCUGGCUGCUGACCUACGCUCUCAAUGCUAUAGUCUUCGCGUAUGGUGCUCAGCUCUGCGUCAGGGAUAUGGAUCUCCCUGUUGAGGAUCAGGAGUAUCACCCUGGAAUUAUGGUCACUAUCCUCUUCCUAACCUUCAUGUGCGCCCAGAACGUUGCCAUGUGCCACCCUCACCUCGAGAUGUUCAGCUCAGCCCGAGGCGCCGCUCGCUCCAUCUACCGGCUCUUGAGGAGGAAGACUGCUAUAGACGCCAUGGCUGGUCAGGGCAUCAGACCUCGGACCUUCAGGGGAGAUAUUACCUUUGAGAAUUUGUACUUUAAUUACCCGUCGAGGCCUGAUGUUAAGGUCCUCCGCGGCCUCUCCCUCCGCGUCCACGCAGGCGAAACAGUAGCUCUAGUAGGAGGCUCCGGCUGCGGCAAGUCCACGUUACUGCAGCUGCUGCAGCGCCUAUACGAGCCUGAUAGCGGUCAAGUCACAGUGGACGGACACCCGCUGAAAGCGCUUGAUUUGCAUCAUUUUAGGACUAGUAUUGGUGUGGUAGGCCAAGAACCAGUUCUCUUCACGGGCACCAUCCGCGAGAACAUCGCGUUCGGCCUGAGUGACGUCACGGACGAAGACGUCAUCGCGGCUGCCACCACUGCCCAUGCUCACCAGUUCAUCACCAAGCUUGCUAAUGGUUACGACACAAUGCUGACGUCAGGAGGCACUCAGUUGUCAGGCGGACAGAAGCAGCGUCUAGCGAUCGCUCGCGCAGUGUUGCGCAAACCUGCCAUACUGCUGCUUGACGAGCCCACCUCCGCGCUCGACCCGGCGGCUGAGAGACAGGUACAAGCAGCACUAGACUCAGCGAGCGCGGGCCGCACUACACUAGUAGUCUCCCACCGACUGUCCACUAUAGUGAACGCGACCCGCAUCGUGUGUGUAGAGCAAGGCGCGGUACUGGAGCAAGGGUCACACAGGGAGCUGAUGGAGAAGAAGGGCAUGUAUUGGCGGCUGACGCAGGAUGAUUUGACUAAUAAGAGUAUAGCAGCCACAUUAUCUUCAGAGCCUGAACUAGACGACGAUGACGUCACGGCUGCUGAUGAUGUUCAGCACUUCAAGAGAUGCAUUAGUCGACAGUCUACACGGGAUUCAUAUCGCUUCACUCGCAGCAGUAUUCGCAUGAGCACCGUGUCAUCUGCUCACGUUCCGCACGCCGCCGCCGACGCGCUCAACCAUAUCGAGCACGUAGAGGAGGAACUCGAGCAAUCAGAAGAAGAGGAACCAUCAGUAUCAAGCUGGUCACUGCUGCAGCUCAACGGUCCGGAAUGGAGACUGCUGGCGGGCGGUGCCCUGGCCUCGCUGUUAGUGGGAGCUGCCAUGCCUGCCUUCGCGUUGUUAUUUGCUGAAUUAUAUGCUAUGUUCGGGCUCUCAGACAAGGCAGUAAUUCUCUCACAAUCACAACGCUACGCGCUACUCUUCGCCGGGGUAGCGGCGGCAUGCGGGCUGGUCACCUUCCUGCAGUCGUGGCUCUUCAACCUCGCUGGCUCCAGGCUCACUGACAGGCUCAGGAAGCUUACGUUCCAGAACUUUCUUAUGCAGGAACAAGGCUGGUUCGACCUGACGCAGAACUCAGUGGGCGCUCUGUGCGCGCGACUCGCCACCGACUGCGCCGCCGUACAGGGUGCUACAGGUACUCGUCUCGGCACGGUGCUACAAGGCGCCAGCACGAUGGUGCUGGGCGUGGGGCUGGCGAUGUUCUACUCUUGGAAGAUGACUCUUGUUAGUCUACUGUCUGUGCCCUGUGUGAUGGGCGGCAUCUACCUAGAGGGCUACGUGAACAAGCGAGCAUCUCACCUGGAGCGCGGCGCGCUGGAGCUGGCCGCGCGCCUGGCGAGCGAAGCUGUCCUGCACGUGCGCACCGUGCAUUCGCUCGGUGUAGAACAAACAAUCCUCUCGCGCUACACAGCAGCGUUAACCGAAGCAAACUCUCGCUCUGCGCCCGCACGUCGCGUACGAGGGCCUGUGUACGGCGUAUGUGUGUGUGCACCCACACUAGGAUACGCCGUGUCUCUGGCUUAUGCCGGACAUCUGAUAGCGAGAGAGGAUUUGCCGUAUCAGUAUGCUAUACUUGUAUCAGAAGCUCUAAUCUACGGAGCCUGGAUGCUGGCAGCAGCACUAUCAUUCGCGCCAAGCUUCGCGGCCGCGCGUCGCUCCGGAGCUAGAAUCAUCACGGCGCUAGCCAGAAAGCCUGCUGUGGUUACUCAGAGCAGUGCGCAGGAGUUGAGUGAUUGGUCAGCUACAGGCGACGUGCACUUCUCAAACAUAACAUUCGGCUACCCGACGCGUUCCGGCGCCGUGCUCCGAGGUCUCUCCCUCCGUGUAGCUGCGAGGCAGACUGUAGCCCUGGUGGGCAGGUCUGGUUGUGGCAAGUCUACAUUACUGCAGCUGCUACUGAGGAGCUAUGACCCUGAUAGUGGAGAAAUUAUACUGGACGACAAAAACAUAACCCGCGAUAUCUCCCUCCCGACCCUACGCGCUCAACUAGGCCUGGUUCAGCAAGAAACGGCUCUCUUCUCCCGCACCAUCAGAGAGAACAUCGCGUAUGGAGCGACGAGUGCGAAUGCUUCCCUCGAUGACGUGAUCGAGGCAGCUAAGCAGGCUAACGUGCACGGUUUUGUGGCGGGAUUGCCUAUGGGUUACGACACAGUACUCGGCGGUGGCGGCUGCUCUUUAUCAGGAGGACAGAAGCAGCGCGUCGGCAUCGCUCGCGCCUUACUGCGUCGCCCGCGCAUCUUACUGCUGGACGAGCCCACCUCCGCGCUGGAUGCCGCCAGCGAACAGGUAGUACAAGCAGCUCUCCAGGCUGCAGCAGCAGACCGUACCACCAUCAUCAUCGCGCACCGCCUCGCCACCGUCAGGCACGCUGACGUCAUCUGCGUCAUCGAUAAAGGCGUAGUAGCAGAGAGCGGGUCACACGACGAGCUGGUGAAGCGACGAGGUAUCUACUGGACACUGUUACAGCAACAAGCCGGCGACGGACGACCCACGUAACAUUACUUGGAACUUGUAAAAUAGCGUGUAACUUGUAACGUAUCGAGUAACACAGCAUGUAACGUAACAUGUAACGAGUAACUUGUCACGCUAUAUGUAACGUAACCUGUUACCUUGUGUGACGUCUAACCUUUACGUGUAUCACUGCUUGUGACGUCAUGUUUAACAUAGCGAGUAACUUGUAACGGGUAAUGCUACAUGUAACGUAUCGAGUAGCACAGGCAACGUGUAAGAUAUCAUGUAACAUAAUGUAUAACUAGUAACGAAACGUAUCUUAAGCUGGGUACUCACUUAGAAGUGUAGCACGGAACGUAUCAGAUACGGUAUCAACCUGCAAGUGGGUUCGGCUCGUCCACGGUCGUCACGAGCACACUGCGAGCCGCCUGUGUUGGCAGUGAAGCCGCCACUCGGCGGGCACUGCGAGCGUCCAGCGCUCCACGCGCGAGCGGCUCGCAGCGGGCUCGUGCCUACGUACUCACUACACGAGCACACUGCGAGCCGCCUGUGUUGGCAGUGAAGCCGCCACUCGGCGGGCACUGCGAGCGUCCAGCGCUCCACGCGCGAGCGGCUCGCAGCGGGCUCGUGCCUACGUACUCACUACACGAGCACACUGCGAGCCGCCUGUGUUGGCAGUGAAGCCGCCACUCGGCGGGCACUGCGAGCGUCCAGCGCUCCACGCGCGAGCGGCUCGCAGCGGGCUCGUGCCUACGUACUCACUACACGAGCACACUGCGAGCCGCCUGUGUUGGCAGUGAAGCCGCCACUCGGCGGGCACUGCGAGCGUCCAGCGCUCCACGCGCGAGCGGCUCGCAGCGGGCUCGUGCCUACGUACUCACUACACGAGCACACUGCGAGCCGCCUGUGUUGGCAGUGAAGCCGCCACUCGGCGGGCACUGCGAGCGUCCAGCGCUCCACGCGCGAGCGGCUCGCAGCGGGCUCGUGCCUACGUACUCACUACACGAGCACACUGCGAGCCGCCUGUGUUGGCAGUGAAGCCGCCACUCGGCGGGCACUGCGAGCGUCCAGCGCUCCACGCGCGAGCGGCUCGCAGCGGGCUCGUGCCUACGUACUCACUACACGAGCACACUGCGAGCCGCCUGUGUUGGCAGUGAAGCCGCCACUCGGCGGGCACUGCGAGCGUCCAGCGCUCCACGCGCGAGCGGCUCGCAGCGGGCUCGUGCCUACGUACUCACUAGCUACCGUAUCUGAUACGUUACGUGCUACACUGCUAAGUGAGUACCCAGCUUUAUAUCGUAUAGUGUAACACAUAUGCAGUUUCAGAAAGAUCCAUCAAAGUUAAAGCUUCUUUAAUAAAUCUAUUGCUGACUGUGUUUUUGCUAACGAGAUAAAAAGUGUUAGCAAUAGAUUUAAUUUUAAUGAAUUUUUCUGCAACUAACGGAUAGCCUGAUACUUGUAAGGAGUAACUUGUUACGUAGCGUGUUACUUGUAAUGUAACGUAUACGUGUAACAUGUUGCAGAAACUGCUCGACUGACACCUACGCUGGGUGGUUUUCAACUUCAGAAUAUUUAAGUAAUUUAUGUGAUCUAAGUAGAAUUUUCAAUAGACAGUAUCAUUAUAGGUACUGAAGAUGAUUUUUAUUAAAUUAGUCUUUGAUGAAAAACUUAUAGAUAAGGCUAGAUAAUCAUUUUUGUAAAGCUGAGAGCCAAUCGACGCUACUCAUUUAUGUUUAGUAAGUUGUAACUAUAACUUACUGAUAUUUAUAUUGUGAUAUAAGUUAGUUUAAUAUGUACCUAAUUGGUAUAAUGACAGCUGUGAAUACUAACUUAAGUUAGAAAUAAGUUACAAAGUACUUACCUCGCGACCAAUAAAGUAAAAUUGUUUGUAAAUGUUCACUCCGAAAUUAGCACGUUAAACUGUAGGUCCCGGCUGUCAUUGAACAUCCUUGGCAGUCGUUACGGGUAGUCAGAAGCCAGUAAGUCUGACACCAGUCUAACCAAGAGGUAUUGGGUUGCCUGGGUAACUGGGUUAUGGGAGUCAGUUAGGGCAGUCGCUUCUUGUAAAGCACUGGUACUCAGCUGCAUCCGGUUUGACUGGAAGCCGACCCCAACAGGCUCGGAGGAUGAUGAUGACAAACAGUAAUUAUUUUGAAUUAAUGUUUCAAGAUGAAAUGAAGUGGAGAUAUUCUCAAAUAAGAUAUUGUAUGUGUAUUUGUAAGUUACCUAAUAAAUUAAAAUAAGUACAUAUCAUGAAUUUGUAUUGUGUUCAGUAGAGCGCUAGAUAUGUUAAGUACAAUGUAUGCCUUAUUACAUGAUACUACUAAGCUAUUUAUUAUUUACUUUUAUAAUUUUACAAAUAAGCGACACUUCGUCAAUAUAAUUUAUACAAAAAUGUUGCCAGCGACAAACAUUUUUGUUAGUUUUUUAAUAUUUUUAACCGCGACAUAUGAUUCACAUCCGACUGAGAUCCAAUCACGACUCAAUUACGACCGAAGCGUAUGCGGCAUUCCGCAAUUCUUCUUUUAAUAAACGUUUUUUUCAGUUUCUGUGAUUCAAUAAUAAAAAUGAUUCAGAAUGCCCGCUGAGGUUAAAACUGCUAUUGCGAUUCAAUUUUGAAAUGAUUAACUUAGCAGAAUCGGGCUCCUGUAUGUCUGUUUGUGCAAGAUUAUUUCUCAGUUGGGAUAAACCGAUUUUGAUUCCGUUUUCUUGUUAAACUUAGAAGAAGAUUUUUUUUUUUGUAAUAAGUUUUUAUUUAUACCUAGUUAUUCUAUGUACAAUCAUACAUUAUGUAGACUGUAUGUUACGAGUAUUAUAGUUUAACUAGAAAAUAGUGUUAUUGUAAGCAGAAUAUUAUUGUAACAAAUAUACUGAGGAGGCAAAUAAAACUAUCAACCUUAA